AACGGCUCCAACGAUUUUGUUUAAAUUUAUACCUAAAAUAGUCAUUGAUAAGCUCUAUCAUCUUUAAGCUCAAAAUUUGAGAAAAUGUGAUUAUUCAAAUGCAAACUUAAUGAGAGAGGUCUAUUACAUCAUUCACUAGAAGAGAUAGCAGAAUUGAUCUCGUCAGCUGAUCAAUUUUAAUUUAAUAUAUUUCCAAAAUUUUCAUUACGGCAAGGAAAGUUGUGUGAGUGCGCCACACCAGAUUUUUUACUAGUUUACUAGUUCAGCAAAAUAGUCCCUGAUGUUUUAUUUUGUCAGCUGUUAUCGUGUCAGGUGGACAGCUUGGAUCUGCAUAGAAUAAUACUCCUAUCACGCAAUACUCCUAAACUAAAAAAUAACCAAGAUACUUAAAACAGUAUAAACAGCGUCAAUUAAUUUAUAACAUGGAUGAGAACAAGGAUACUGCAGGAAACAAAACCGAUGAAGAACUUGAGUGUGAAAAGAAGCUAAUCAACCUGUUUAGACAUCCGUCACUUAGAGAUGAUCUAAUAUCUUUAUUCAUCGUAAAAAUGUUUGAAUCUGUAGUGAAAAGUUGGGAAGGCUAUCCUUGUGUUGAAAAAUUGAAAGCCAACCCACCCAACAAAGGAUCAGAAAAAAUUAGUACAGAAUUCGUGCCAUUAAGUGAUGCCAAAGUCAACGACGAAAAAUGGGAAAAGAAUGAUUCUGUUACCGAACAAUCAACAAAGCAAGAAAUUCUUCAAAAAUAUUUGGAUGUGAAGAUGAGUUCAUUAGUUGAACAAGAACUGAGGAAUAGACACUUCUCAGUUGAAUCGAUGAUUCCAGAGCUAACUUGGAUCACUGAAGCAAAUGGAGAUAUGAAUCAACCAAUUGAUGACUGGAAAAGGUACAAGGACGAUCAAAUAGCGAAGAUUGAAUUUCGCAAUGGGAAUGUGUACAAAGGUCGAGUGUCCAGGCAUGUGAUGCACGGCGAGGGAGAGUUUAUUUGGCUCGAUGGAACUUCAUAUAAGGGUAGUUUCGACACUGGUCACAUAACUGGCAAUGGAGUGGUGACGUGGCCUACGCAGUCGUGGUACAAAGGUGAAUUGGUGAAAGGAUAUCGACAGGGGAACGGCCUGCUGGUUGUGCCAGGACGGUUGGCAUUCGCCGGCAGUUGGGCCAAUGGAGUGAGGUAUGGACCAGGACUCCUGCUGCAGGACUCAGAGCCGACGCGCGGCUACUGUGACACCACGUGGAGGAGGGAUGUGUGCCAUGGCCUCGGCACCAGGGUCUAUCCUUCGGGCGCCGUUUUCCAUGGACAUUGGCAAGAUGGAAAGCGGCAUGGAUUUGGAGUCAUCAAUUGGCCGAAUGGAGAUAUGUACAGAGGAGACUGGAAGAAUGAUAGAAUGCAUGGUUUGGGAGAGUUCACUUGGUCGCUUGGAGCAGCCACGUCACACAAGUCGUCUAUCUCUUUCCAGAAUAGGUACUACGGUACGUGGGUUGACGGCUCCAGACACGGCAUUGGAAUACUGGAAACUGAUAGUGGAAUGAUUUUGAAAUGCAAAUGGAAGAUGGAUAUGAAACACGGUUAUGGAGAAAUAAUUUGCAACAAUGGCUUUCUUUUGAAAGGCGAUCCGCUGUUUGCCAAUGACCAUCUUUUGGACCCCAUUUCCAACAGUAGACACGCUUCGAUCUCUACAAAAACCUGCCUAUUGAAUGCCCAUUUUAUCCAAAAAGGGAAGAAGUUGAAGAAGCAAAAUGUCCAGACCCAUUUAUCCUGUGAGUCUAUUGAUUUUUGCUAUCAUGUGGAUCGAUAUAUGCAGAACAAGUGGAAUUUGAAACAGUUCGAAAUCGAAAAGAAACUCGAGGACGAAUCAAAAGCCGUUGGAAGAUUUGUUGAAUUUGAAGUGAAAACGCCGAAAACUCAACUUUAUUCUGGCAAUGAUUCUAUGACAAACAGAACAUUCGAGGGAUGCUUUGAAGAGAAGUGGUUGCGAAAUAUCAUAUUGAGAAAUCUACCGCUUUUGAAAAAAGUUUACUUUGAUUAUGCAACCAUACUUUGCAAGUAUUCGACAAAAUCAUGGAGCUCCAAGAUUGCAAUCAUCCGUUUAUUUUUCUGGCAAAUUCUUAGAGACUGUAAAAUUCAGCUCACGGAGAAGUCAGUAGCUGAAUUUGAUAUUUUAGUAAAGAACAAUCACUUUGCCCUCUUGAAAGAUCAUCGAAACCCAUUCGAGCGCCUCAGCUUCUUCCAAUUCCUACAUUACCUUAUAGAGAUCUCGUGGCAUUUGUAUGGCAAAUAUGGAGAGAGACAACUCAAGACUCCGGGAGCUCUAGCAUCGGCUCUAGAGAAAUUCAUCGUUGCAGAUUUGAAGCAGAGUAUUGGAAAUAAUUCAGGUUCGGUUUUCAAAGAUUCCAGAAAUCUUUGCUUCAUGAGAGAAAUUUUUGGUCUUUACCAAAGCCUCCAGUCAGAUUUAACUGCGAGACAAUUGUUGAAUGCAAUUUUGAACUGGAAGAAUAAUUCAUAUUUGAAGAAUGUACAGGAAAUGUCCCAUGAUAUAAUAAAACAAUUUGAUGGGCGUGAUACUUAUGCAAAGAUAAAAAUCUGUGCCAAUCAGAGUCUUGAGAAUUUAAAAAAAGUCAAAUCAGAGCCAGCUAAAAUAAUGUACCUGGCAUACUUGGACUAUGUUAACCCACGUAUUGCAAUGAAGUGCAUUCUUCAAAUCUGUCCGAGAGUCAAAACCAGCGACAGAUUCUACAAUAUGGAUUAUAAGAUGACAUUUCUUGAGCUUUAUGAAAUUCUUCUCUUGUGUGCUGUUGAAUGCUUUGAAUUCAAAAAGAAGCAAGAACGCAGGAAACAAGCAAUUGAAAUAAAACUAUCGCAAAAACCAAAAGAAGAAAGACGGACCUCUUUGAAAAAAACAAGGGUGUCAAGAGAUAACUCAGCUAAAGCUCUGAAAAUCUCUAAAAAACCUUAAAAUUCAUGUUAUGACUCUUUUGCUAGUUUAGAAAAGUUUUAACAUUUUAUGACCUUGGCUAUUUACUGCCAAAGUCCAUGUAAGAUUUCAAUUUCUAUUCGAUCAUAGUUUUAUUGCUGUACUACUGCGAUUAUUUUGUUUCAUGAAUAUAAAAUUUGUAAUAAAUCUCCAUACACAU